UGAGGACUCAGUCUGGCCGCGCGCGCCUCCGAUCACUGUCAGCUGUUGUUCCACGUCGCCAAGGCGGUCUCUCUCUUCUUCUCUCUCUCUCUCUCUCUCUCUUUCCUACCGGCCACCCACGGGUUUCGAAUUUUGCAAACGACCUUUGCACCCCGUGGACUUGUUGCUCUUGUCGCAGCGGCCUUCACGGACGGCGCCGGAUCGCGUGGAGAAAAUUCGAGAAUUCAAACGAUUCUUCGCGCCUCGAAUCGAAUUGGAUUCAGCGAGAGAGAGAAGGAAAUCGGCGAACUUGAAGCUGCCUGGAAGGUGCUCGUUAGUAGCGAGCACGACAAGGAAAUUCGACCCGGGCGAAUCUCUCGGUAGUCACGACCACCUGCUCGCCGGCGGUUGUUCAGAAGCAGAGGAGGCGGGAAACGCGUGCCGCGAAGAUGAAGCGCGAGUAAUCCCGAGGUAGAGACGUCUCGCCGAAGUUUCCGAACAUUACCGUGCACCUGCGAGUCUGAUUACAAAUUACGGAUACGACAAGAGGCGAGGUUUCGCACAGCUGGGCAUGCUACUGGCAAAUGUGGAGAGGACGUGUCUGCUUCUGACGGCGAUCCACGUUUUUCUGCUGGACGAUAAGGGCGUCGAUGCGGAGACGUUCACUCUGGGUUACAUCACGGGCUCGAAACGUCGUCCCAACGAUCUAGAGUAUCAGCGUCCUGGCUUGCAAAUUUCUGGAGCUAUCAUUCUUGCCGUGGAGGAGGUGAACGCUGGUGAGCUUGGCAGGCGAGGGCAUAAUUUAGACUUCCUUGUGGCGGAAACGUUUGGUGAAGAGGAGACUAGUAUUCUCAUGACUGCAGAUUUGUGGAAGAAAAACAUUAGUGCAUACAUCGGGCCGCAAGAAACCUGCAUACAUGAAGGCAGGAUGGCGGCUGCAUUCAACAUUCCUAUGAUUUCAUAUUUUUGCACGCAUCAAGAGACAUCAGACAAAAAUGAAUUCCCGACAUUCGCGAGAACGCGACCACCCGAUAUGCAAAUCUCCAAAUCCGUUACUUCAGUUUUGAUCGCGUUCAAUUUCACCAAAGUAACUUUUAUGUACAUGAAUUCGACGAUGUUCGAGUUCAACAAGAUGUCAACCGUCGCGACGACGAUUCUAGCGUCUUUCGCAGCGGCCGGGAUUGCCGUAAAUUAUAUCCGCAGCUGGAGCGAACCGUAUUAUGCCACGCACAUGGAAAAUCCGUUCCACGAGCACGUCAGAGAAACAUAUCGCGAAACGAGAAUUUACGUAAUACUCGGCCGUUACUACGAACACAUGGGACUUCUGAUGGCUCUGGAUGAGAUGAACCUCCUGGAAAAAGGCAAUUAUUGGGUCGUCGGUGUGGACAUCGAGCAAUACGACGAGGCACGGCCAGACAAGUAUCUUCGAGGACUGUGGCAGCACGAGACGAAUCCGUCAAUCGUGAAUGCCUAUCGCAGUUACUUCAGCAUCGUUGCAUCCGCGCCAAUCAAUCUGAUGAAUUUCACACGACUGGUCAACAAGUACAGGCAGAAGCCACCAUUCAAUUUUACAAAUCCGUUGGCGAACAUUGGCGGGUUGGUUCAGAUAGUACCGGAGACGGCGUACCUCUACGACGCGGUGCACCUCUACGAGAGAUCGCUGCUGCGCGCUCUCGACGAGAAUCGGGACCCCCGUAAUGGCAGAGAGAUGAUAUCGGCCCUGUAUGGUGUUCAUUACCGGAGCGCGAUGGGCUUCAUGGUGUCGAUAAACGAAAAUGGCGAUGCCGAGGGCAAUUACACCGUGAUUGCGCUGGAUAAUCAUCCUGUGAGAGGCUAUGGGCUUUAUCCAAUAGCACAUUUCAUCGGGAAGGAGGAAGGUACGAAUUUGCCGAAACUUCGAUUAACCAGAGAUAUCUCGUGGGUCGGAGACGGACCACCGGUUGCGGAACCUUACUGCGGUUAUCAUGGUGAAAAGUGUAACUCUCACACUGGCGAAAUCGUGGGUGGCAUCGCCGGGGCAUUGGCGUUCAUUAUCACGUCGAUCGUUCUGAUCCUCUACAGGAACUGGAAGUACGAGCAAGAAUUGGACAGUCUGCUCUGGAAGGUGAACUACAAAGAUAUCGAGAUCAAGGAGAAGAAAGAGAGAGACGAGACAGCGGGAGCCAACGAGGCGCCCGCAAAGUGCAAUUCCAAGUUGCGCGACUUAAGGCACGAUAAUUUGAAUGCGUUUAUUGGCGCGUGUACCGAUCCACCUAACAUAUGCAUCGUCAUGGAAUAUUGCGCUCGUGGUAGUCUCAAGGAUAUAUUAGAGAACGAGGACAUAAAACUCGACAAUAUGUUCAUAGCAUCUCUGGUUGGUGACAUCAUUAGGGGUAUGAUCUAUCUUCACGAGUCGGUCAUAAAGUACCACGGGUCGCUGAGCACAUCAAACUGCCUUGUGGAUUCGAGAUGGGUCGUAAAACUGGCAGAUUUUGGCCUCCACGAAUUUAAACGAAACGCGGAAUGCGAUCCCUGCGACGUCAUAAAAAAAUAUCACGGAUUAUUAUACAAAGCGCCAGAAUUAUUGCGCACUACUCGUGUCGGAGAGCCUACUGUUCGCGAUUUCCAAAGAGGAGACGUCUACUCCUUCGCCAUAGUGCUUUACGAACUUCAAGGGCGACACGGACCGUUCGGCAUCACGCAGUUAUCGGCAGCAGAAAUUCUGAAAAGAAUAAUCGCGAGAGAUCACGGAACACCACCGUUCAGACCGCCGUUGGACCAAUUAGAGAACACUUUUGAUUUCAUUCGUGACUGUUUGUUGGAAUGCUGGGCGGAAAAUUCGGAAUUACGUCCGGAUUUCAAAAUCAUCAGGAACAAGUUGAGACCGCUGCGGAAAGGCAUGAAAGCGAAUAUCUUCGACAACAUGAUGGCAAUGAUGGAAAAGUACGCGAAUAAUCUUGAGGCACUUGUAGAUGAACGCACAGAUCAACUGACUGAAGAGAAAAAGAAAACAGAUGCACUGCUAUAUGAAAUGUUACCACGUUACGUAGCCGAACAGCUGAAAAAAGGACAUAAGGUGGAAGCUGAAAGCUUCGAUUGUGUCACCAUUUACUUUAGCGACAUAGUUGGCUUCACAUCUAUGUCUGCGGAGAGUACGCCGUUACAAGUUGUAGACUUUUUGAACGAUCUUUACACGUGUUUCGACUCGACAAUAGAAAUCUAUGACGUAUAUAAAGUCGAGACCAUCGGAGAUGCAUACAUGGUGGUGAGCGGCUUGCCGAUAAGAAACGGUAUUCAGCAUGCCGGUGAAAUAGCGAGCAUGUCAUUGUGUCUUCUAGACGCCAUCAAGCAGUUCACCAUUCGUCACAGGCCACUUGACAAACUGCAGCUUCGCAUAGGAAUACAUUCCGGUCCAGUAUGCGCGGGUGUCGUCGGCUUGAAGAUGCCGCGUUACUGCUUGUUCGGCGAUACGGUGAACACGGCUAGUCGUAUGGAGUCCACAGGAUCACCGCUGAAAAUUCACUGCAGCAGCGAGACAAAGCAGUUGUUGGACCAGCUGGGAGGGUUCAGCCUCGUCGAGCGCGGGCUAAUAUCUAUGAAGGGCAAGGGCGAGCGUUUGACGUACUGGUUGAUUGACGAAGAUCCGCUCUUGCGCAGCAAGCGCAGCAUGGAAAGGGCGAGCAAGCGAGAUGGUACCAAAAAAUCCAUCACGACUGAUCCUUUAGUCCCGCGAAGUUCCCUGAAGAACAAGUCUCUGGUCAGGUCGACUUUCACACGAUGUUCCAGCGAGUCCCCGAAACGUCUGCGAUUUGCCAGCUCAGACCAGUUGGACCAGAAGGCUGCCAGAGUAAACAAUCAGCUGGAGUCGAUAGUGGACAGCAGUCCCUGCAAGACGAAGGUCUCGUGUGCGAUGCGAUCAUCCUGCAUGGAGAACUGGAGGUCCUCCAGCAACUCUUGUCCCUGCGUCGAGAAGCUCUGCGAUCAGGAGGCUCAGCCAGAACUGACAGAAUAUGAACUGCCAUCGGAUACAAAGAACGUGCCGCUGCUGCAAACUAGCGUGAUCUUUAGCAAUGAAUCCUCGUGCCUGCCACGUGUUGGAAGCAAAGGCUUCCGCUUUGGCACACCCGGAAUACUCCAGAUCACUUGUAGAUCCGCGCCCAAUAGUCCGAGACACAGCACGACGGUGCUGAACGCUCAGAAGCGAGCGGCACAGUCUAACGAGGAAAUCGAUGGCUGGGACGCGAUGACUCCGUUGAUUUACUAUCCGGGUGGUCGUUUGGAUUGAAGGGAAUCGAUUGCGAUUGACGCGAAUGAUGCGGGUGAAAUAGAAUUGACAUUCGAAGCGAUGAUGAGCCACCGUCGUCAUCAGCACUUACUGAGCUAUCUUUAAAUAUGCGUGACUUUCCGACACAAUUUUAGAAUUUUUAGGGAUUAUCUUUGAAUAUUUUGAGGAAUUAUUAUAGAUGAAAUUGACUGAAAUAUGGAUACGUCGAGCGUGAUUAAUUUGUAUAUCUGAAAAAGAAGGAUAUUUCUGUAGAGAGGGAGAGAGAGAAAGAGGAAUAACUUGACAAUCAGGAAUCCUGGAAAGAAUUUCGCCGGCAAUGUACCGAUCAAUCCGUUAUAAUUGUAACUUCGUACCAGUACAUUUUUGGACAAGACUCCUCGCUUCAAGUACACAACGUACCAAAGCAUGCUGUACGUACAAACAAGAUGCUUUAUACGCGUGUAUACCAUCGCGUUAAAGUAUUAGAAGCUAAUUAUCUUCCACACACAGAAACAAUAGAAUAUUCACACGCAAAAGUAGGAUAUUUCCUAACGUUAGAGCAUAGACAAUCGUUAAAGGCUCGUGUUUUUUAAGUAAAUGUCUAGUCAACGUUACCUUAAGUAUCCGUGUUCAUUUAUCUUCCAACAUUUCCAUCGUUACUUAAGACAGAAGGUUGAUCUUUCUGACGAACGUUCGUCCAACCACCGCAUAAGAUGUGGCGAGAGUACAUUAAUAAUAUAUCAUUAAUAACGCAUCAUUAAUAUUCCUAAAUACUUUUUAGAAAACUAUGAUUCAUUGAUAUACAACUAUCUAGUUCAACAAACGAUCACUUUUAGAGACAAGCUUAUUCUUACGUGUGUUCUCUGUAUUUCUCCUUAAGAUGCGUACGUCAGGGAAACGAGAUAAGUGAAAUAAAAGCUUUUUCCGUGACGUUACCGCUCUCUUUUGAAGAAGAGCUUUGUACAUUCUCCUAAUUUCUAGCUUUCAUAUUCUCCAUCUUGAACAUCACACGCUUCUCGGCUUUUGCAUCGCUCAUUGCAGCAAUGCUAUUAAUAGCAAAUGAUAACACAGACUAUUUCUGUGUUCUCGCUUACAUUUGAAUUAUUAUUCUAAUUUCAUGCGAUAGAAAAUACGGCAGAAAGGAGGAACAAGAAGAGAACAGAGGCGCACAUUCCCCUUGAUUUCCCUCGAAAUUCGUGUGCGCGCUACAUGAUGUACAUGAUUUAUGCAAUCUAUACGUAUGAAAGUGCAACGGCUUCAAACGUAACUCGUGACACGCAAGCGAGGCGUGAUAGAGUGAGCCGGCGAUAACGCACAAAGAUCCAUAACGUUAUUAUUAUUGGGGAAAUUAAUUAAACGCGAGCCGGGGUGUGCGAAUCGACGCGAUUGUGCUCGCGCAUUGCGCACGUAUCGCAUUAUAUUGUACUUCUGUAGUCCCCCUUUUAUCUCUCUUCACGCGCAACCAUCCGCUAAUCGCCGCUUAAAAAAGCGAAGCAAAGUCGACGCGUCGAAUAAAACGGCAGCCGCAGCGAAGGACAGCGGCCAGUCGUGCUAAAAAAGAAGACAGACAAGAAGCGAGCCGCGUGAUUUCAGAUUAUUUGCCUCAAUAAAGUUUCCCUAUAGCUUUGUUGAACAUUACGCACACCAUUUUGUUCACGAUGGACCUUUGCGCCGCGUCGUCUUACGCGAAUGCACAUCGAGUUAUCAUCUCGCAGGAGCGACGCUGCGCGCAACAUGUCCGUCUUUGUCUCUUGGUAUACUCUGUAGUAUGCGUCUGACAAGUCUAAUGAUUUAAUGACGAUCUGGAUCAUUGAAAUUGAAAUCCGGAGGAAACCGGCGUAACCGGAAAUGCUCCAGUUGGAUAAGUGCGUUAAUACGCUCUCGCGUUCUCGUAACGCGUAUUUUAUUAAAUUACACUUGCUGGAAAGUAACGUAAUCAUUCUUGCUUUUGCAUUAAAUUUUAUUAAAGCGAAGCGUCAAUGGAGAGUGGCUCGGCAGAGCUUUUGCAGAGGUUUGCACAUUUCGUUAUGCGCAUUUAGACGCAGGCAACCGUCUGCGACUGAAAAUAUCGGCGACGACGAAGAAUGCCGCGAGAGGUGAUUCCUCGCUUCAGUUUGCGCGUUUCGUUACAUCGCCGAUGACGACAAAAACGGCGACGACACGUCGGCGCCUUUGCCUUACGUGCCAACGAGCCGCGCAAAUGCAACCGACUCCUGAAUUUACUGAAUUGCGAAUCACUUUUCACGGACGGUUGCAAGCGAGUUCGCGAACUCGACUGGCACGCAAUUAAAACUGAUGCUUUAAGCAAAACGUCGCGUAAAGACAAUUUGAGUAGCAGUCUUGAUUUCGAAAAAAAUACAGAAUUCAGUAUCGAUAUAAAUCGAGCAGUCCUAAUAGAAUGAUGAUUAAAUUUACAUUUGUGGAGUUGUUAAAAUAUCGAACGCCACAGACUGAAAAA